GCGUAUUAGCUUCAGUCGCCGCUUCGCAUCGAACGCGGUCGCUCGCAUCGCUCAAUAUCCGCUCGCGUUUCAAAUUUCGAACGUCCAUUCGAAUUUUUAGUCGAAAACAAAUUUGUGACGUGAAAAUCGGUGCUGAUUUUAAUACAGUUUCGCAGUAUUCUUGAUUAUUCGUGACAAAUCCGUUGGAACGAUAACCGAACGUAUUCAACUUCGCGUGACAAUUCAACGAGACAUGCCAAUGAGUUGACAACAGCGGAACAACAGCGCGAAGAAAUAACCACAGAAAAUUGUCGAAUUAAAAUUUGUAAUAUUGCAAAACAAAAACAAAAAACUAUGUGCAUAAGUGUUCGCGGAAGAUAAUCUAUUGGUUCAUUUUUUUUUUAAUUUGUUUAUUAUUUUAUCUGUGAUACAAAAUGGCUUCGUGGAAGUUUAUCGCUGUGUCGACGGUUUGUUUGUUGGUGUUUCUGUCGGGUAACAUCUCGGGACUGGACAAUGGCUUGGUGCUGACGCCGCCCAUGGGCUGGCUGGCCUGGGAACGGUUUAGGUGUAACACCGAUUGCAAGAAUGACCCUGAAAAUUGUAUCAGCGAUCGUCUAUUCCGUACCAUGACCGAUAUCUUAGUGACCGAAGGGUAUACCGCGGCUGGAUAUGAGUACAUCAACGUGGACGACUGCUGGCUGGAGCGGGAGAGGGACGAGAGAGGUAGACUAGUGCCGGACAGAGAACGGUUCCCUUACGGAAUGAAGAGCUUAGCCGAUUAUGUACACAGCAAGGGUCUGAAAUUCGGUAUUUACGAGGACUACGGUAAUUUCACUUGCGCUGGCUACCCCGGAGUCGUCGGCCAUCUUUCCGGAGAUGCGACAACCUUCGCCUCAUGGGGCGUCGACUACGUGAAGCUGGACGGGUGCUACGCCCUGCCAACGGACAUGGAUUACGGCUACCCUGAGUUCGGGAGACAGCUCAAUCUUACUGGUCGUCAGAUGGUGUACUCCUGUAGUUGGCCCGUCUAUCAGAUCUACGCUGGUCUACAGCCAAAUUUUUCGUCAAUAAUCGAGCACUGCAAUCUGUGGCGUAACUUCGACGACAUCCAGGACUCGUGGGCCUCCGUCGAGUCUAUCAUAGACUACUAUGGAAACCACCAAGACGUCAUCGUGCCCAACGCUGGGCCGGGACACUGGAACGACCCCGACAUGUUGAUCGUCGGCAACUUUGGACUAUCGUAUGAGCAGAGCAAGACGCAGUUCGCACUAUGGGCGAUCCUGGCCGCGCCGCUGCUGAUGAGCGUCGACCUGCGCACCAUCAGGCCGGAGUACAAGGCCAUUCUGCAGAACAGGAAGAUCAUCGAGGUCGACCAGGACCCCCUCGGCAUACAAGGCAGGAGGAUCUACAAGCACCGCGGCAUCGAAAUCUGGUCCCGCCCCAUCCUGCCCAUCCAGCAGGGACAGUUCUACUCGUACGCCGUGGCCUUCGUCAACAGGAGGACAGACGGGACUCCUUCCGACGUCGCCGUCACGCUGAGGGAGCUGGGGCUCAGCAACCCCACCGGCUACAGGGUCGAGGACCUGUACGAGGACGUGGAUUACGGCGUGCUGUCGCCGCAGACGAAGAUCAAGGUCAAGGUCAACCCCUCAGGUAGUGUGGUGAUUUUGAGGGCAGACGCGCAACCGGGCUACGCUUUCAACGCGAUAACGACGCGGACUCCGUACACGCCACUCAACGACGUGUUCCGACUGACCAAGAAAUAGGUUACAGCGCUACCUAUCUCCCGCCUGCGGUACUAAAUGAAAUGACGCGUGAUUGGUUUGAUGAGUUACAGUUUUUGAUUAACAGAGAGCAGUGAUGUAAAUUAUUUUUCAGAUCCGAGUAGGUAGUGCAGUUUUCGUUUUACUUUCUAUUAACAAUUUUAAAGAACAAAUCAUUUGAAGUUUACGUGUUUUUACUUUUUUUGUUCAAUGUAAGUUUACGAUCAUUUUUUAAAUCAAUUAAAAAAUUCAAAUUUUAUUCAGAUUUUUAAAUAAAAUCAAUACGGAAUUCAGUGCAAUCGUGCAAAUAUUUAUGAAAAUUAUUGACUUAAUACAGCGCCAUCUAGAUAGCGAACGCGGUAUUUUUAUCAUGUAAAUUAAAUUACAAUUAGCGCCCUUUAUACUAACGAGUUUGAUUACAAACAAUUUUGUGAAAACUUUACCAUUCAGUGGAAACAAAAUGUUAUUUUCAUUUUAACUCUAAGGCCCAUAGCCCAGUGGCAUUUUAUAUUUCUGUCAAUCCAUAGAUCGUACAUAUAAAGCGAACAUGUAGGUAUAGCUAUACUGCCUAUUUCUGCCGCGAAACAGUUGCCGAAUUUUACUUUAAGGAGAUUAGCCGUUGAACAAUAAUAUAUUCGAAACUUUGAUCGAAUAUCCUGAGAUGGGCCACCGUGUUAACCUUGAUAAGUCCAUCCAAAGCCAAACUAUAAAUGAAUGAGUCGAACCGAUUCGAAUUUCAAAUAGAAUGCCAUUUUGAAAAAAUAAAAUAAUAUUUUUUUUGUACACUAGAAUCGACGAAUGAGUGUAUUUUUAAAAACUUGAAUGGAUUAAUCGAUAUCAGGGUGACCACCGCGGCAAUCGUAACUUGUAAAUUUUAGAGUCCAUUUUGUAAUAGUUAUUUGACAAGUUAAACGUCAAACUUCGCUUUCCCGCGCUCCGUGGCGCGACUCGACAUAGUUACCAUCGUCUAACACGUCUCUUGCCUACAAACGACAUGUUAUUUAUAUUUCAUCCUUAUAAGUGUGAACGGUUAAGGCCUAAAAAUACUAAAAUCGUAUGAGUUGAUAAAAAAAUCAGUUUGUUCAUUUUUCUAAUAUUUAUUGGCCCAUAAUUUGUCCUUAAUAAUUCACUGAUGCUUCUUAGAUAAUCUUAAAUGCGAAUAAAACGCUGAUGGCAAUAUAAUAUAGAUAAUGCAAUUAUAUUUUUUAAAUUACAUUAACUUCAUAAAUAAAAUUUUUAAACAUUUUGAAGUUCGAUGUGACAUUUAUACUUAGAUUGAAGGUUUUUUUAAUCACGCUAUUUUGAGAAAAAAUGGGAAACAAAUCAUCGACUUGUAGGUAUUUAUUUUUAAGACGAAGCAAAAAUGUUUGUUUUUUGAAAGGAGGGUGGCCAUACCAGAAAAAAAUAUAUUUUGUGGUACGAUUAGGCCUUAAUUCGUAUAAUAUUGUAAUUAUUUACUUUGCCAUUACUUCGUACCUAGAUUUUAAGAGUGUACAUUUUAGGUACCUACCCGUAAAUUUUAAGAAUUUUUAUGUAGUAAAAAUAAUAAUAAAAAUGAAUUUGAAUUUAAGUACA